CCGUCAGCUUUCGACACUUUUGGGACUAACAACAAAAUUUCUGGCCUUCAGUUUUAUUUCUGCGAUCGACCAGUCUGGUCACAUUAUUAAUAUAUAGAGAAUGUCAUAUUCGAGCCGUGGCUUUGAUUUUUUUCUGCCCUCGGGCGGUUGGUGUACUCCGAAGGAUGAUAAAUAUUUUCGUCGCAGCAUUGAAUGGGUGCCCAUACGCAGCGCUGGUAUCGGGCGAUCCUUUGCCAUAACUAACGGUGUCAUCUAUCCUCGUAUCAUCGGCAUGUUGCCGCAUUAUGGCGGCCAUGUGCCUGGCGAAAUCUUUAAGGUGGGCCACACCUUUGGACGUUCCACAGUUGACGCUAAACGUUGGCUAGCCCUGCACCAUGAUUAAAUAUUGCUUGCCUUGCAUCAAAAUAUACAAAAGUUAAAAGUCCGAAAAUUUUCGCUUUAAACAGCACGUUACAAAUUGCAAAGUAUAUAAUAAU